UCCCCGCGUCACCCCGAGCAGCGGUUACAACACAGGAACCAGAAAAUCCCAGGGGUUACCGCUCCAUUUAAAUAUAGACUUACAGCAACAAUAUCCAGAUCUAAUUGUGGGUCACUGUAGAUAUGUUGGUCAAAUUUGCAAUAGCGCUGUUGGUGCUCUCAGUCUUUGAACAAGUAGUGGGGACGGAUAAUAUCGAUUUUCAUGACAAUCCUCCAGAAAAACCGGCCAGUCAGAAAGGACGGCUCUCUCUACAGAAUACAGCUGAAAUCCAGCAUUGUCUGGUGAGUGCGGGCGAUGUUGGCUGUGGCGUUUUCGAGUGUUUCGAGAACAACUCGUGCGAGAUCCGUGGCCUGCAGGAGAUCUGCAUGACCUUCCUGCACAACGCUGGCAAGUUUGACUCGCAGGGUAAAUCCUUCAUCAAGGAUGCACUGAAGUGCAUGGCCCAUGGCCUGCGCCACAAGUUCAGCUGCAUCAGUCGCAAGUGUCUGGCCAUCAAGGACAUGGUGUUUCAGCUACAGCGGGAGUGCUACAUCAAGCACAACCUCUGCUCGGCCGCCAAGGACAAUGUCAACGUCAUGGUGGAGAUGAUCCACUUCCAGGACCUGUUCCCCAAAGGGCCGUAUGUGGAACUGGUGAACAUCCUCCUGAGCUGCGGCGAGGAAGUAAAGGAGGCCAUCACACGCAGUGUGAGGUCGCAGUGCGAGCAGAACUGGGGCGCUCUGUGUGAAAGCCUGACCCUGUGUUCGCCCAUGCCUAACGCUCAGGUGCCCGGGGCCCCCGGGGGCCCCCCAGAUCGCCGCCCUGCUGGUGCUGGUGGCACUGCCACACUCCCCGCCGCGCACUCUGACCUGGACAACCCCAAAGGCUCCCGGCAAGAGAAGGACAAGCCUAGCAAAGGGGGCUUCAACGUGCACCCCAGGAGUCGUGGACAGGGGUCCCGCCGCGCAAGCCUGGAGGCCGGGGGGAUCAAGCAGGAGGACCCCGAGACCACCGACAUCCGGAGGUGAAAGAGCAGGAGACCAAAGUCCGGACCAUGACACCAACAUCCCUGUCCCCAGCACACAAACAGACUGAGCAUCAGGACAACAGAUCUACCCCCCCUUAACCCCCUCACCCGAAACAACCCACCCCCCCCUCUUUCUCCCCCUCGUCCACAAUCAUUCCAGCACUCCCAAAUUGUACAUUUUUGCAGGGUAUGUGGUGUAGUUCAUUUUGUUACUUGGUAGGCAGAAUAUUUGUUUGUUUGUUUGUUUGUUUGUUUGUUGAUAUUAUUAUUAAAUAUUGUAAUAAGAAUUAUUAUUACCACAGCUAUAGCAUCACAAAUCAUACGUAACAGUAUGAUUUAUUCACAUUUUUAUUUAUUUUAUUCUUUAUGCAAUGUUUUUAAUAUCAAAAUGUACAUAUAAGCACAUCCAUAUUUAUGUACAUGUAUAAAUAUAGUCUCCAUACACAAUACAGAGAAACUAUAUAUGUAAUAAGGUGCAUAGAAUACUCCAUUAAUUCCCAAUUAUUAGUUUUGCUAGUACAACAACCACACUUUGGGCUGUAGAUAUGUAACAUACAUUAUUUGUGAUUUUGUGUUUCAAAGUUGGAACAUGUUGUAUCAUAAUUCUAAAUACUUGAUUAAAUACAAGCUGUACAGGAAUGACGUGAAGACCUGGCACAUAGACAAGCAACAGAGAACUAGCACAGACACAGCACACAGUCGUGCAUUUGUUAAAGGGCCUAGUGCCCCCAACACCCCCCACCCCCACCCCCUGGUAGUGUGUUAUGCAGCAGUGCGCGGUCCAUCUUGCGUGUCCAUCUUGGGCCCAGAUGACUCCUGUGUGAUGUAAAGUGUUGGUCUCGUGGUAAAACACAGUGAGCUCCAGGUGCCUAUGUGUGCUUACCCCACCCCUUCUGAGCUGCUUUUAUCUGUGUCACUCUGAACCUAACCAAGGUGUAGUCUCAAUAAGCUUGUGUGAGGGGUCCCAGUUUGGCUGCUGGGAAAAGACAACUGAGGUGGAGUUCACACCGAGAUAGUUUUAUUUGCCUCUAAAAUGCAACAUACGUUGCAAAUAUUUCAAAAUAUGAGCGUUACAAAGCGCUGUGGAUAUUGGUUGUGUUUGUGUUGUUGCCAUGGUGAGUUGUUAUACUAUGCCGGAUUGCAAAGCAACAACCCUAUUGUUGAAAAAAAAAAGUGAUUGCAAAAGUUAAACUGUUUUUUUUUUUUUUUAUUUAAGCACUAGGUGUCCCGCACCAGCUACUAGUUUAGUGACUCUUUGAUCAUGGCGUUCCUUCGAGAGUCAGUUAGAAAUCGAGAGCCUGGAGGUAACAUAAGUGUCUCGUGUGAACAGCGCCUCAGGUGGCCCCUGUUGCAGUUUACUCAGGGACAGACCUGGACCAGACCUGUCCCCCUGCGGUGCUCUGCUAGCUGUGGGGAAAGUGAAAAGACACAUAAUGUGAACACAUGCUACUUCCCUAGCGGUUAGCUAACUUGCUCCUCCUAUCCCUUGCUUGGCUCAUGGCAGCUAAAACUCUCUCUAGGGGGGCUUUGAGUACUAUUGGGAGGCUGGUCGUCCCUGAUAGAUUUAAGUGAAUUAGAGUAGUGUAGUCGAAUGGUCAACGAGAAUACCACUUAAUUGUGUAUAGUGAACAGUUA